AUGCUCACUGUGGUGGAGUUCCUGAGCGAGAUGUGGGAGUGCAUGUCGAACAAGCUCUCUACCCUCGGCCCUUGGGACCUCGAGAACGGCCAGGGCAGGUCUCUCGAAAGUAGCACCGUUAGAAAGCCCUCGUUGAGCUGUACAACCUCAGCUAUUCAGGGCUGUGGCCAGACAAGAUGGCUGAGCGUGCACUCGAGCUGCAAGGCCAUCUUUUGCUUUGGUGUUCCACCAUCACAUCGCCAAACCAGCUAUCGUGAACCUGUGGGGCCCACGAUUCCGCCCCUUUCUAGCGCCCCCAUAGUACUCACCGCCCGGGAGACCGCUGCGGGGGAUGCCGUACAGGAAAGAGGUUCUCCGAGGAUGACCCGGGUGAGAGGCGUAACAACUACGUGCUCCAGCGACCGAGUAAAACGCACUCAUUCGACCCUCAGUAGAGCAGACAAAGGGAUGGCAGCUGUCACCGGUUGCCUGAAGCGUGCUGCAGCCAGGCGGAGUCAUACGAACCUCCGGCACUCCUCAAGUCAGUGGUGCAACAGCGGAAAGCCUCACGGCAUCUCGAAGCUGCGCAGAGAAUUCGACGCACAUUGUACACCUUCUCCAACGCAUUCAGUGAAGAUACAGCCGGCUGAGCUUUGCGGCAGCAGCGGUGAUGAGUUCCGCCCGCCGCAACUGCGAGAUAGACACGAACCACACAACCACGGAAUGACAUUUGUUACGGCAGCAGUGGCAGCACGAAGACAUAUGACACUGACACAUGGCACACGAAAAGCAGCUUUGGAGAUCUUCAGCUCACUUUGA